AUGGCUAAAUACGUAGGUCCGCGCUUGCUUCUGGUGAUGGUCGUGAUAUGCGCGGCCGUUGCCUUGUCUUCAGCGCGAGAUGUGCGAAGCUUUAUGGGGGACCUGGAGAUGGCUGGUAGCCAUCAUCACGGACAUCAUCAUGAACACGGUGGUGGCCACGAGCAUCACUCUCAUCACCACGGAGAACACGGUGAAGAAGGGCACAAAGGCCACAAGGGGCACCAUCAUCACGAAGAGGGGGAGCACGGCCAUCAUGGUAAAGAGCACCACGAGGGCCAUCAUCACGAGCAUGGCGGUCACAAGAAGGGACAUCACGAUGAACACGAUGAACAUGGUAGCCAUCACGAACACGAGCACGGACACAAGGAGUCGAAAUUCGGCCAUGGAAAGGGCCAUAAGAAAGGCGAGAAGACUCACGGUUACCAUCACAAGUCCCAUAAGGACGAGUUCCACAAGGAACACAAGUUCUAUGACGAUUUUCACAAGGGUGGUCAUCAUGAGAAGCAUGGUGAUCAUCAUGAGCAUCAUCAUGGAAAGGAGGGUCAUCACAAGAAAGGCGGACAUCAUCAUUCCGGCCAUCACGAGGAUCAUCACGGGAAAAAGGGCCACCAUGAUAAGGGGCAUUACGACGAGGAUCACCACGGUCAUCAUGGCAAACAUGGUCAUGAGGAGCAUCAUCACCAUCACGAGGAUUACGGAAAGAAGCACGAGCAUCAUGGCGGCAAGAAGCAUGGUUUUUCGAGCGGCCAUCAUGGUCAUCAUCAUUAA